AUGGGAUCCUCACCAUUUCCGGUUGUCACAGCACCCUUAUCGAAUGUCAUUGAGUAUGAAUGGACGCACAGCGAAGACAAUUCGAGUCUAGAGUUGUACACUGGGAAACCAACCGCAGAGCUUGAAAGAGAAUGGGAUGUACUUUGGAAUUACGGCGCUUUCGCUGUACCGAUUGAAGCGCUUACAUCGCUCAACAAAUCAUCCCUGGCUGGACAAUUCCGUACGGUGGAUGUAUCAGGAGUUGCUGCACUGCUUGAGGCGUUUCACCAAAUUCAUUGCGUAAAUCUUGUUCGACAGUACAUCUAUCGUGAUUACUGGGAUUAUUCGAAGGUUGCUUCAUUUUCGGGUGGGAACAAGACCGUGAGACACCAUGUCGACCAUUGCAUUGAAACCAUUCGAAUGAACAUCAUGUGUUUAAGUGACGUGACACCUUUUCUGAUUGAAGAAGAUCCGCGCGCACCGGGUCAAUUGAGGGCAAAUCAUAAUAUUGUCAGGAAGUGUCGCAAAUACGGGGCCAUGGUCGACUGGGUCAAAGAGAAUACAGUUUUCAUGACGGCUGGAAAGUGA